AUGCAUGAAGUGUCCAACCUUAUAACGGAUGGAGAUGGCGGUGCGAAGGUGGUGGCGGGAAGGAAGGCACCGACAGUUAUCGCACAGACUGAGCGGCGCGACAGAAAAGUCGUCGCAGCGGUUAAGGCGCUUGCGUCGCAGCCGUCGCAGAGGGGUUUCGUCGCGGAAGGGAUGUCGGUGACGUGGACACGGCUACAGUACUCCGUGCCGGCAGCCAAUUCUAAGUGGUGCUGCGUGCGCGCGGAGGACGACGCCACCAUCUACCGCAAGAAGGUCAUGAUGAACGUCACGGGGGGCGUCGCUCCGGGCAACUUGCUGGCUGUCAUGGGUCCCGAGGGCUCUGGCAAGUCCCUGCUGCUGCACAUGCUGGCGGGGCGGCUGGAGGGCGAUCCCAAUUUUCGGGGCAGCAUAGAGUACAGCGGCGAGCCGUUUGGGGCGAAUCUGAGGCGCGAGAUAGGCUUCGUGGAGAACGACGUGGACCUGCAGGCCAAUCUCACGGUGAAGGAGACGCUCAUGUUUGCGGCCAUGCUGCGGCUGCCCGAGGGCACGGAGGAGAUCGACCAGAUAGUGCGUGUGGAGCAUGUGCUUGAUUCAUUGGAGCUCACGCACUGUGCGGACAAGGUGAUAGGGCGAACGGGGCGCAAUGCAGUGCUGUACAACGAGCUCAGGCGACUAGCCAUCGGCGUGCAGAUGAUCGUCAACCCGCCGCUGCUGCUGCUCGAUGAGCCGACCUCAGGGCUGGAUGGGGCCAUGGCUCUCCGCAUCACAAGAGCACUCCAUUCCUACGCACUAGCAGGCCGGUCGGUGGUAGCAACAAUGAAGCAGCCGUCAGCCAAGAUGUUCUCUCUCUUCACGCACCUGCUCCUCAUCACCGAUGGCAACCCCAUCUUCUUCGGGGAGGCUCAUGCGGCUCUCCCCUACUUUGACUCCAUCGGAUACACCAUGGCUCCAGACACCAGUGCGGCUGAGUUCUUCCUGGACCUCACUGCCCCGGAAGCAGCAGACGCCUCUAUCCAUUUCGGCACGUCCACCAACCUCAUCCGCCUGUGGGCCACUGGAGACGCCGCGAGGGAGAUAGAGCGCGCCGCCAUGCCCUCUGCCUCUGCUAUGAGACGCGCGGGGAAAGAUGCUGCAAAUGGGGAUGUUGAGGAAGGGGAGGCAGCGGGAGGGGAAACGGGAGGAGAAUCGGGAACGCGAUUCCGUGUGCUGGCACGGCGGCAUGUGCUGUCGUACCGGGUGGUGAAUCAGGACUGGAUCUUCGUGGGUGUCGUGGCUGCCAGCCUUGUUGUCUGCUCCUUACUGCCAGGCUGCCUGUGGUACAAACGCGACCCCACGACAGCCCAGGGAGUGCGCGACUUGGCAGGGUUAAUCUUCUUCUCGCAGUUCUUCUGGGGGCUCGUGCCCAUGCUCACCUCAGUCAUCACCUUCCUGGAAGACCGCAAGUCAGUCCAAAAAGAGCAAGAGGACGGCGUAUAUCAUAUCUCCGCGUACUAUGCCGCCCGGACGCUCCUCAGCCUGCCAUACGAGAUCCUGCCGCCCGUCUUCUACAGCCUCAUCGUCUACUGGAUGACCGGGCUGAACCCGUCGGGCGGCCGGUUCGUCUUAUUCACGCUCGUCCUUAUCCUAGAUACGAUGGUGGCUUCGUCCAUAGGGAUGGCAGUCGGCACGGCAUCAUCUACAGUGAAACAGGGGAUCUCAGUAGCGGCGAUCCUGCAGCUGCUGUCGGUGAUGGUGGUGCAUUUCUUGUCUCUUAGUCCCCCUGACUGGGUGGGAUGGACGCAGUACCUCUCCUUCUCGACCUAUGUCAAUAAGUUGCUAAUGCGAAUCAACUUUGAUUCCGCCGAUUACUACACUGGUAACUGCGGCAUAUCACCACAAAACAGCUCUGCUGUUGCUGCCAACACAUGCUCGUGUGCGGCUACUCUGGAGCUAUCGGGUAUACAAAAUCCGUUACCCGGGAAUGGGUGGUUGGAGGCGUGCAUUCUCAUUGCCAUGCUCAUCUUCUUCCGCCUGCUUGCUUUGCUUAUAGUGAAGCUCCGGCUGCAAUCAUGGCGGUGGUAUCGUAAUGGCCGCACAUAA